UAAGAAGUGAAAAAUGGAAAUAGAUGAGGCGAGAAACAUUCUUUCAAAGCACUCAAUAUAGGCAAUUGAAUAAUUCUUCAUCACAGUUAAUCAAAGGAUGGAUGGGUUUGAUGAGAAUAUGGGUGAUGAGGGAGUGGUGCCCCACCCUCCACCUCUGCCUAUUCAUGGCUUUUUUGCACCUUCCCCUGAGGUAGAGCUCUACGCAGACGACUAUGCCAAUGCCCCUUUACACGAUAAUCAAUCACGGAUUUUCACACAUGAAGAUGAAGAUGAAAAUGGAGGUCCCCUACUUCCAGAUCCUAGCCAAAUGCGUGAACAAGGCGCUGCUUUUCGCGAAUGGCGACGACAAAAUGCCAUAUACCUAGAGGAGAAAGAGAAAAAAGAAAAGGAGUUGCGUAAUCAGAUAAUUGCAGAAGCGGAAGAAUACAAACAGAAAUUCUACGAGAAAAGGAAUCAAACAUGCGAGACGAACAAAGCUGAGAACAGGGAAAGGGAGAAAGUUUACAAUAAGCAACAAGAGAAGUUCCACAAAGACGCUGAUCAACAUUUCUGGAAAGCAGUUGCAGAGAUAAUACCGCGUGAAGUCCCCAACAUUGAGAAAAGGAGAGGGAAAAAAGAUGACAAUAACAAGAAGCCCUCAGUUGUGGUUGUUGAAGGCCCGAAGCCCGGAAAGCCCACCGACAUGUCGAGAAUGCGCCAAAUGCUAAUGAAGUUGAAGACAAAACCCCCACCACACAUGAUGCCAAAGAAAGAAGACGAAAAAAAACCGUCAAAGGAAGGAAAAGAGCCGUCGAAGGAAGGAAAAGAUGAUAAAAAAUCACCUAAAGUUGGUGAAGAUGGGAAGAAUAUUAUUGUUGACACUGUUUCACCAGUUAAAGAAGGUCAUCAGUCAACUCCUAAAACACCUAAGUCGGACGAAGUUUCCGCUAAUAAUGAAGACAAGGCCAGCGUGGAGAAUGAGUCAUCCCUCGUCUCCAAUUAAUUAUUAUUUAUUAGUAUUUUAUUUUAUUUUUGUGUCGCUCCUUACAAAUAAUAGAGCAUCUUCUUAUGACAUUUCUGUUGUUGGGAGAAGCUGCAGCCUCAGCUAUCUUCUAGCUAAGAUGCUUUAAUUAGUUUUGUUUCACAUUCUCUUUAUUCUUUUCAUCGCUACGUGGAUUCGUAUUUAUUGUCAUUUUCUUUUAGAAUAUAAGAUAUUACACAAUGGGAUUGGACGCUUG